AUGCUAUUCUCCUUCACCGCGCGCAUAGUUAGCGCACUCGCUGCCUUUAUCUACCCGGGCUAUGCUUCCUACAAGACACUCAGCCAGCGCCCCGCCUCUGAAGCUGAGCUUGAGCGCUGGCUCAUGUACUGGUCCGUCCUAGGCUGCAUCGUCGGUGUCGAGUACAUCGCAGAGUGGCUCGUCUCCUGGAUCCCAUUCUACACCUCCCUCAAAGCCCUCUUCCUUCUCUACCUCGCCCUCCCACAAACCCAAGGAUCGACUUACAUCUACCACACCCAUCUACGCCCCUUCCUAUCUACACACGAGCGCACGAUUGACAGCGCGAUCGCCGAGGUGCGCGGGAGGGUGUACCGCUUCGUGCAGGAGCGUGCGCAGGCGCUGUGGGCAGCCGUCGUCGCGAGUCUUGCUGGAGGCGCCGCUGGUGCCCCUGGCUCUGACGCAGGUGCAGGUGUGACCCCGCCUACGCAGCAUGGGCACGGACAGCAGCCUGCCCCCGCAGGCCCGACGCAGCUCCUCUCCUCCCUCUGGACAUCCUACGGUCCCGGGAUCCUUGCAGGCGGCGCCGCACUCCUUCGACAAACCGCUACCGCUACACUUCCCUCCUCUUCCUCCCCUGCCUCUCACACCACCUCAAAACCCACAACAACAGCAGUAGCAACGGACCCCGCGGAGCGCCGCCGCCAACUAGAAGCCGAGCUCGCCGCGCUCUCCUCCUUACCCGCAGCACCCACCGAGCGCCCCUCCUCCUUCGCCUCCUCUUCUUCUUCCGCAUCUAUCAACUCUGCGCAUGGCGCGGGGAGGUUUGAAGAGAUUCGAGGAGGGGAGGUUGAGGGGUAUGAGGUUGAUGACGAAGAUGAUGAUGGGGAGAUCCGGAAGGCGGGUGGGGGGUGGUUCUCGGGCUGGGGCGCGGGUACAGCGUCUGGGAAGGGGGGUUAUGAGCGGGUGAAGAGUGAUUAG